AAAAACAUCCUGCCAAGCAGUGCCAAAACCAGCUGAUAUGGAAACUGGGUGUGAUUAUGAUGCGUUUGCUUCGCAUAGAGUGUUCACUAAUUUUUCUUCGAUUUGUUGACUGAAAAUUAUCUAUAUUUCCCGUGUUCGCGGUGUUAGAUUGUGUCAAAAGUGAUGAUAUUCACGGAAGUGUUAAAGUCUUGUUGGCUAACAACACUCAUCGGUUCGAUUUUACUCACAGCCGGGGCAUGUGUCCUGUUUUGGAAUGAGUCACGGGCCAUAAACACAACCCUUUCUUUGGAUGAGGCGUUCAAUGAUGCCUUCACGGUUAGCGCCGAACAAUUGUACGACAAAUCGGUCGAAGGAAAACUGAUUCAUCUCAAUGGUCCUAUUGUGACGGGAGAACCACUCACUGAGCCAGACUAUAACAUUCAGGUACAGGCGGUGAAAUUGAAACGGCGUGUUCAAAUGUACCAAUGGAUAGAGGAACACGUGGAGAAUAAUUACGGUGAAUCAGUGGCAUCUGUUCACACAGAGGAUCGAACAUAUUAUUACACUACGGACUGGAGGGACGAGUUGGUCGAUUCGCGAAGUUUCUACAUUCGCAGUGGUCAUCAUAAUCCCACCAGCUUUCCGCUGGAGUCAAUGGUAUACGUUUCAGAGCGUGUCCAUAUAGGACAGUACGAGCUAGGUGAUGCAUUGAAGGAGCGAUUCAAAACCUUCGUCGAAAUCACGUCCGAUACUCGACCCGAAGACCCAACUGUUAAGUUGCAUUCCGGUCUGUAUUAUCACUGCAAUGAUAUAUGGAACCCGGAAAUUGGAGACGUUCGAAUUCAGUUCGCUUAUGCUGGAUUGGAAGGUUCAAUGUAUACUGUAGUGGGAAAAUUGGAAAGUGGAAAAAUCGUUCCCUACGAGUCUUCUCGCUCCAAGAAGGUGCUUCUAAUAUAUCCCGGUGAACUAUCGCUCCACGACGUCUUCAAAUUGGAACAUCAUGCAAAACGUAUGCUGACCUGGGGAUGGCGUUUAAUCGGCUGGAUCAUGCUGUUCCUGUCGGCCACUUGCUCCUCUGCUGUGUUGCAGUAUAUAACAUCACAAAGCCGCAUGUUGCGCCAGUUUGUACCCGAUCCUACCUUCCCGGUGUCGACGAAUCUUAUGAUGUCUUUCUCGUUGGCGUUGGCCAUUAUCUCGUUCGCGUGGAUCAUUCAUCGGCCUAUGCUCGGAGGUGGAAUACUGGUCGCUGCGGUUUCUCCGUUUUUGUACUGCGCUCGAAGUUUGUUUAAUAACUACCAACGAAUGGACUGAUCUGAUUAUUCAUUUUUGUGAUUUGUAAAACUAGUUUCUGGUAGAAUUAUUGAUUUUUUGUAAAUCACUGUUUACGGUGUGUAAUUUUUA